AUGGGAGACGACAAUUGGGAAAAGCUUCAGCUGCCAAGUGCUAACGUUGGAAGAUUGAUGAAGAAGAUAAUUCCUCAAACGUCAAAGAUUUCUAAAGAAGCCAAACAGACAAUGCAAGAAUGUGCAACAGAGUUCAUCAGCUUCGUGACAAGUGAAGCUGCAGAAAAGUGUAACAGAGAGAAUCGUAGAACUCUCAACGGAGAAGACAUUUAUUGGGCUUUUGGUGCUCUUGGCUUGGAUAACUAUGCCGACGCUACCGCCAAGUACUUGCUCAACUACAGGGACGCCCAAACAAUGAAGAUUCAUAACAAACAUUGUGGAUUUCAACAACAAGGAGAACAUAACAACCAUGACGACAACGGUGACGACGACGGGAAAUUUUAUCUGGCUAACAAGGGUGAAAGUUCUCAAACAAAUUAG